UUCAGUUUCGAUUCUCUCCAGAGCUGCAGAAGGAAAAGGUGGAGCCUAGGCUGGACACAAACAACCAAGCUCCAAGAGGCAGAGCAGAGAGUGAUCAUGGCUGAUCCAGCUGUGUGUGGCUUUAUCACAAAGCUCCUUUGCUCCAGUGGGGGCUGCUCCACUGUGAAGGAGAUCCUUCCUCUCUUGGGGCUGCCAGAGCACCAGCUGGUGCAGAUCUUGCAGGACUCAGGGCAGGAAAGAUUCCUGGUCAUUCAGCAAAAAGGAGGCCCCUGCCAGGUCCUGGCUGUCUCCCCUGUGCGCCUCUGCCGGGCCAAGGAGUGCUCUGGGUGCCAGCACCUUCACAUCUGCAAGAACUACUACAUCAAGGGGAGAUGCUUCAUGCCUACUAGUGGCAGAGGGGCUUGUAAGUACUCGCAUGAUGUUUUAUCAGAGGAAAACAGAAAAAUCCUGAAGGAGCAUGGACUUUCUGGCCUCAACGAGAAUGAAUUACGAGUUUUACUUCUCCAGAAUGAUCCCUUUCUCUUACCUGAAGUAUGCAAUGCCUACAACAAGGGUGGAUGCAACCAGCAAGAUAAUUGCACUAGGCUUCAUAUUUGCAGAUACUUUCUUAGAGGAACGUGUCGCUUUCCCCAAUGCAAGAGGUCUCACUGCUUUAUGGAACCAAAAGCUCUGAAGCUGUUGCUUGCAGAAGGAGUGGAUGAUAAAACAGCUUUCAAUAUUCAGACAAUCUGUGAUUACAGAACUGCUACAUUGGUUGCAGAAUUAGAGAAAUGCAAAAGCUCUUCCUCAAGCCACAAACCUGAAAUACAUCUAGAAAAGUCAAAUGCUGGGAAUGAAAGGAAAUCCACACUUGAGCAGUCUUUCGACCUUAUUGAUUUUGGGAACACAGACCCUAGCCAAGAUGAGACAAUAGCUCAUGGUACUACAUCUCAUCAGAAAGCAGAAAAGGAGAAAACAGAGGAGAUAUGCCUGUAUUAUAUCUUUCGGUUCUGCAAGCAUAAAAACAACUGCAGCAUGAUCCAUUACCAUUUGCCUUAUCGAUGGCAGAUAAAUGGUGGAAAUGGUUGGAACGAUUUGUCCAAGGGAGAGGAAAUAGAAAAAGCCUAUUGUGACCCAAGCAUUACCAGUCUUUUGGACUUGGAUAUCAGUUUCAAGACCAUGACCUGUUCAACUGCUCCAAUUAGACGCCUGUCUACUCCAUCAUCUGUCACCAAACCUGCUAAAUUUCUAUUUACAACAAAGUGGCUUUGGUACUGGAAAAAUGAUGUGGGCCAGUGGGUUGAAUAUGGGACACAGGAUGGAAAAAUCCAGGGCUCCAAUUUAGGUUCUGAUGAUCUAGAGAAUUUAUUCCUCGCAAACCCAGAUGACAGCAUCCAUUUCAAUGCAGGCUCUCAGAAUUAUGAGAUCAGCUUUAAAGAGAUGACCCAGAGAAACAUGAUGUACCUAACCAAGAGAGAGGUCCGGAGGCGCCCCAAGUUUGUUUCCUCUGAAGAUGUAAAGGCGAAGAAAGGGUAUAAGAUCGCAUUCUGAUAUAACUAAGAUGCAGUGCCUAAAUCAGACACACAGCUGCUGCAGCUCCAGUGCCUGCUACACCUCCACCUCCACCUCCAUCACCAAAGUAUCCUAUCACCUGGGACAUGUCAGCACUACCUUCAGUUGGGU